CCUAAAGAGGAACGGGAAGAGAUCUGGCUGUACCAGUUUGAGGUACUGUAUGUUCAUGGCAUUCUCAAGCUUAGUUCGUAUGCAGUUGGUGUAAUGUGCCUCUCCUGAUUGUCCCAAUGCAAGACCACCUUGUCAGCCACAUUCUUGGUAUGCCUUUUGGCUUUAAUUUAAUCUUGUCCAACCCCCCAACUUAACCCCCUACUUAGUAGUAUAUUCGAAUACAUGGAAAGACCCAGCGGGGCCUGAGCGGUUUCUGCAUACAUGCCUGAGGCCCAACACACCCUAUUUCAUAGACUGCGGUCAGAUAAUCGUGAUGUCACUGCUUCUGGAUUUGGCUGAAGAAGAUGGCGGCCUCCUCAGGAGUUAAAGUUCCACGUAAUUUUCGCUUGUUGGAAGAGCUUGAAGAGGGUCAGAAAGGUGUUGGAGAUGGGACAGUCAGCUGGGGCCUUGAAGACGAUGAAGACAUAAUGCUAACACGGUGGACGGGCAUGAUCAUCGGACCGGCACGAGUAAGUGUGACUGCAGCAGGAACUAAUUAUGAGAACAGGAUAUACAGUCUGAAAGUGGAAUGUGGUCCAAAAUAUCCUGAAUCACCACCGGUCGUUAGAUUUGUAACAAAAAUUUGCAUGAAUGGGAUAAAUAAUUCCAAUGGGAUGGUGGAUACACGAAGCAUACCAAUUCUAUCUAAAUGGCAAAAUUCUUAUAGCAUUAAAGUUGUUCUUCAAGAGUUAAGGCGUCUAAUGAUGUCCAAGGAGAAUAUGAAGCUCCCACAACCACCAGAAGGACAAACCUACAGCAAUUAAUUGUUCACGGAUUGUUUACUUUUGACCCCUAUUGUCUUAAACCUUAUUCUCUUAUAAAAAAAUAUUCCCUCCACCAUUCCAAGAAUUUAGACUGAGAGCCAGGUUGGAUAUUCCUAAAAUUGGACAUUUCUUCUAGUUAGCUCAUUCUAGAAUAUCCCCACUGAGAGUGAAAUUAUGUUUUUAAGAACACUGUUAUUUCUCUUCUAUUGACCUUUAAUAUUACCUUUAUUUAACUAGGCAAGUCAGUUAAGAACAAAUUCUUAUUUUCAAUGACUGCCUAGGAACAGUGGGUUUAACUGCCUGUUCAGGGGCAGAACGACAGAUUUGUACCUUGUCAGCUCGGGGGUUUGAACUUGCUCCGGUAACCACUAGGCUACGCUGUAACCACUAGGCUAGUGUGACCAUUCACUUUCUGAUCAAGAGAUGUGUCAAGUUGGCUUCCCAAGAGGAGCAUAGCACCAAGUGGAGACCCAAGUCAGAACAAUUUAUCUUUCGAAUGGUAGGUCACUGAAAUAUAGAAUUGAGGUGUGUGUAUGAUGGCAUGCUCCAACUAAGAAAUAGACUAUAAUACACCAGUUGUAAUUUGUAGGUACAUUGAAUUAUUAUGAAGAUUAAAAUGUGGCUGUAGGCCAGACGUAGUGUCACCGGGUGUGAAGGAUUUGGUUUUUAUUUUUUAUUUGACACAAUGCCAAUGUUUCUGUUCUGCUGCUUUUUAACUUGUAACAGACCUUAAAGCCUGUUUGGUUCCGAAAAAAUACCCCUUGCAUUUAACUUUUUGUGAAAAUGACAAGUGUAUGUAUGACAUUGUGAUUUUUCUGACAUUAAAAAUCAAUAUCUGAAAAAUA